AUGCUUGGGCCCCACAUUACAUGUUUACGCCAACUUUUUGCGGUUCUCGUCUUGUCACACACUGUGUGGGCGACGCCUCCAGCUUGUUUUCUCGCCUGUAUCGGGGAGAUUGCUAGAUGGUGUCCGAAUAAUCACGCAGAUAUCCCCUGUAUCUGCGAGAACAGAGCCUCUGUGGUUGGCUGUUUGGUUGACGUGUGCCCUUUUACUCACUUCAAUGCUGCAAGGGACCACUUUCUCGGAACUUGCAUUGAGCAUUUGGGUAAGGGCUUGCCUCAAACGCUUCCCCCAAAGUAUCCUUCCGCACCACCUAGAACCACGCCUGUGAGAUCGAGGCCGGAAUAUCCGGGAGAGUACGAUAAAUAUCCGGAGUGUCCCGACAGCGAUGACGAGGGCUGGGAAGAAGUGAUUGGCAGUGACGGAAUCCACCGCUUCAGAAAAGUUGAAGGACAAAGAUCUAAUGUAUCUAAGAAGCAAGUCUUCGAAGUAGACCCGAGAGACUUUGGGGUGGAAAUAGAUAACUGGGAUACACUGUAUCUUCCAUCACCGGAACAGAAUUUGCCAGUGGACCAGUAUGUUAGUAGUCACCGGGGUGGCGAAGCAAACGGAGGCGGAGGGCGUCGUCCCGAAGUACAGGGUCUGUUACAUGGUCCGCGGCCGAACAAGAAAGAAAUGGAGGCUGAAGCUGCACAAAACCACCAAAGAGUUGAAAGUUCAAAGUUUAUGGGUCAGACUGUCGAAGCAAGACCGGUAGAAGCCUUUACCGGGAAGAAAAUAUUCGAAGAGAGUUUACCACGUGCAUCUUACUCAAGAAACAGGGUGAAUAUUCCAAGAAGGUGA